AUUGUCACUCCAAUUAGUCACUUAUGUCGAGUGUUGCGGAUUUUCGCAAAUGUGUUUUUAUGUAAAAUAGAGCUUGUGUUUUUAAACAAAUAAAAGCAUAUAAUCUAUAAAACAACUCAGUACUGCUAUCUCGUUAUAAGUUAUCUCGCGAAAAAUGUACAAGUCGAAUUUGGAGCCAGACAUACCUGCAGCAUUGGGUUUAUUGUCUCACUUAGAUAAUGAGGAGUUGAAAGAAUUAUUAAACAAUGAUGGAAAAUUCGAAGAUGUAGUGAAAGAUAUACAGCAGUUUAAAGAUCUGGAGACUGAGAAAGAAAUGUUAAUGGUGAGCAAUAGAUCUAGAGCUGAAUUUAAUCUGUCAAAGCAACCUGAAUUGGAGGAAGGCAAACAGAUUGUAAAAGACCUGAGUCAACAGGCUACUCAAUUGUGUACCAGUGUUAAGGAGAAAUUAGAUGAAUUACGUAACAAAUCUGAUACAAUGACGGUUGAUACUGCACUGGAUCUGCUACAAGCAGCUGCUGCUGAAAUCGAAGAAGAAUCAGAGGCAAUAGCACAGAAAUUCCUAGCUGGUGAUAUGGAAGUGGAUGAAUUUCUGGAUCAGUUUCUGAUACAAAGAAAAUUAAUGCACUUGCGUAAAGUGAAAGUAGACAAAAUGAGAGAAUUAACAAGAAAAGGAUCUUUUUCGGGACCUGGCUAUCCAACUGCUUCAAAUUUCCCUGGAAUAACACCUUCUAUACCAUAUCCAACUGGACCUGUAGCUAUGCCAAUGCCAUUACCAUCAGGCAUGCCAAUAAUGCCAUUACCAUCAGGCAUGCCAAUUUAUAGGCCAUACUAGUAAUGUUAUACAGUUUUCUUAAAUUACACAUUUGUUUAAUUGUGGCACAAAAUAUUUUAUAUUGUUCUUUCAUAUAACUUUGUAUGUGAAUUACUAUUAUUUUUUUAUAUCAAAUGAUCGGUAAUUGCAUAAUAUAAAAUAUGUAAUGUAUAAAUUGUA